UUAACCAUGUUAGCCAGCAUUGUUCUCAUCGAAGGGAAAACAAUAAUAUCACCUCACUCUCUACUUUUCCUUUUUACUUCUCGGCCGUCGCUUCUUCACUUCUUUGUUCGGUAACUCUCAUAUACUCACUGGAUGACGACUCUUUCGAAUUCGCUGCUUAUAUCCAAAAGCCCCCAUUUAUCAUCUGGUUCUCCUUUGAAAUCAAUUGACGAAAGUGGCUGUUCCACCAAGCUGUUCUUCAGCGCCAGGCGUGGAGCAAAACCAUCUUCAUCUGGAAGAUCAUUGUCUAUUCAAGCGAGAUAUAGUGAUGGUGGAAGGCCAAGCAAUGGUGGCUUCUUUAUUGGUGGCUUUGUUUUGGGAGGAUUAAUUGUUGGCACACUUGGUUGUGUCUAUGCACCUCAGAUCAGUAAAGCAAUAUCUGGAACAGAUAAGGAGGACAUCAUGAAAAAAUUGCCCAAGUUUAUAUAUGAUGAAGAAAAGGAAUUGGAGAAACAACGCAAGAUACUUGCAAAGAAGAUUGAACAGAUUAAUUCUUCUAUUGAUGGCAUUUCUGCUCAGUUGAGGUCAGAAGACACUGAAGAUGGAGCUACUGGGAACCCAGAUGAUGUUGAAGCCGUAGUUUAAGAAUCCUGACUUGGACAAGUGAAGUUAUCGACUCUUCAGUUGAGAUGAUAGAGCAUAUUCGGAGUAUUCUUGAUUGCAUUUUUAGUGUAGUUGAUCUUCGCUAUGAGAUGAUACCUAAAAAUGAGGAAUAAAAUUACAAUCUCUGUUUUUUAUAUGAAUGUGGUGCAAGCUUCAAAUGCUAAUUUACAUGCUUAUAAUCCUUUCUAUCACACUGCC